AUGGGAUCUAUGCCGGACAGAGAGCACCUGGAUGAGGUUGACGUUCUCAUCGUGGGCUCUGGCCCCAUCGGAGCAGUCUUUGCUCGCACUCUUGUAUCAGCUGGGAGAAGUGUGGUGAUGAUUGAUGUCGGAGAUCAAGGUACGAGAAGAAUUGGUGACCAUCGAAAGAAUAGUGUCGCUGUUCAGAAAGACAUUAGUCUGUUCAGUCACACCGUCAGGGCAAGUUUACUCAAUGGAGAUCUUCAUCCUCUUUCCGUGUCCACCAACGCAACUGACUCUGGCCUUGAGCCCGGCUCGUGGUCUUCCAAGCCCGCCCAGACGCAGUUCCUCUACAACGGGCAGAACCCAGAGCAACAAGCCUCGGACAACCUACCCGCCGCGGCGGCCUCCCGCGUCGUUGGUGGCAUGUCAGGCCACUGGACCAACUGCACCCCCCGACAAAACAAGACUCUGGAGAGGUCCGACCUCUUCUCGGACGAGGAGUGGAAUGCCUUGUACGCCCGGGCCGAGGACCUCUUCUGGACCGACGACAACCUCCUUGACGAUUCCAUCCGCCAGCAGCUCGUCAAGAAGGUCCUCGGCGACGCUUUCGAGGACCGCGGUCGCGAGAUCGCCAGUAUGCCCAUGUGCGGCAGGCGCGGACUCCAGAACCGGGACUACGUCGAGUGGGCGUGCACCGCGACGAUUCUGGGCGACCUCGCCGAGCCGUGCGCCCGGAACGCUCGCUUCGAGUUGAGAGCCAACACGCAGUGCGUCAGGCUUGAGAUGGACCCUGUCACGCGCCAGGUCGAGCUCGCUCAGGUCGAGGAUCUCUUGGAGAAUCGCAAGUACGGGAUCAAGGCUAACAAGUACGUGAUUUGCGCCGGGGCCGUAUUGACUGCGGGUAUUCUCUGGAAUUCCGGCGGCUUGCGUGAGACGAUUCCCGCAUUGGGCCGCUACAUUGUAGAUCAGCCCAUGAGCUUCUGCCAAGUCCUCCUCGACCAGAAGCACAUCGACGCCGUCACCCACGACGAGUAUCAGCUCGGCUGGAAGAGAGCCGUCACGCACCACAAGGGAAAACAUCCCAACGAUCCUCUCCCCCUUCCCUUCAACGACCCCGAUCCGCAAUGCUACUUCCCUCCGUGCGAGGACUACCCCUGGCACGCACAGAUUCACCGCGAUGCUUUCGGAUACGGGCAGAUCCCCGGGAUCAUUGACCAGCGCGUCGUUCUUGACCUUCGCUGGUACGGAUACACGAAGCCCAGCGAGGAGAACUGCGUCGAAUUCUCCGCAGAUGUCACUGAUGGCUUCGGCAUGCCUCAGGCAAGUACUCCCACGUUCCACUUCAAGAUGAACGAGGAGGAUUCCGAUCGCGCCUCCAGAAUGAUGUCCGACAUGGUCGACGUCGCCCAAAACCUCGGCGCCUUCCUCCCAGGCGCCGAGCCCAAGCACCUCCCUCCCGGCUCCGCCAUGCACCUCUGCGGCACCUACCGAGCCGGCCAGGCCAAGGUCGACGAAGAGACCGGGGAGGGCAGCGUCGUCGACCGUCUCGGCCGGGUCUGGGGCCAGGACGACCUCGUCCUGGGCGGGUGCGGUGUGAUUCCGACACAGAGCGCCUGUAACCCAACCAUCACCGCGGCAGCUUUUGCGCUCGCCGCUGCCGAUCAGAUCGUCGAGGACCUUGACGGAGUCAAGGCUCGCAAGCUUGAAUUGAUGUAA